UUAAGGACGCGGAGGGAGUCCAGCAAGCAAGUUUCUUUGCAGUGGAGCUGAAGUUAUCCAUGAGUAAAACUGAGCGAAAACAAAUUUGAGCUUUGAAAAGAAGAAGGAGAGAGAAGUUGGAAGAAUCAAAAACAGGUUCUAUCCCAGUCAGAGGUGGUGUGUGUUACUUCCCUGUGAAGAAUGAGUCUGAGCACCAGUGAGCUGGAGGACCUGUGGGAGUCGUUGGGGGACCUCAACUUCUCGGAAACCUUUAGCAACAUAUCGAGUGUGGAUACAAUGGUGUGUGCCACGGCGUUCAACCGCAGCGCUCUGCUCUACUCCAUGUGUACCCUCUACACCUUUAUCUUCAUCAUCGGUCUGGCUGCGAACGCUCUGGUCCUCUGGGUCAACAUCCGUGCGCAAAGAGACUCCACCCCCCGCCAUGAGACGCACAUGUACAUCGCCCAUCUGGCAGUCGCAGAUCUGUGUGUGUGUGCCACUCUGCCCGUGUGGGUGAGCUCACUGGCCCAGCACGGCCACUGGCCCUUCGGCGAGGUGGCGUGUAAACUCACACACCUGUUGUUCUCCGUCAACCUCUUCAGCAGCAUCUUCUUCCUGGCCUGCAUGAGCGUAGACCGAUACCUAAGUGUGAGGCAGCACAGCAACAACGAGGGAGGCGUGCGCAGGAAGCUGAUCCGCCGAGGAGUGUGUGUAGGGGUGUGGCUUCUGGCUCUGGUGGCUUCCUUGCCAGACACAUACUUCCUUCGUACUGUAAAGUCAACACAUGGAGACACCAUGCUUUGCAGGCCUGUGUACCCAGGGGAAAACCCCAGGGAGUGGAUGGUGGGAGUGCAGCUGAGCUUCAUCCUGUUGGGCUUUGUUCUCCCCUUUCCUGUAAUUGCAGUGUUUUACACCCUGCUAGCCAGAGCUUUCACCUGCUCAUCUGCUUCUUCAUCAUCUUCCUCAGUAGAGCAGGAGCGUCGUGUGAGCCGCAGGAUGAUCCUGGCCUAUAUCGUCGUGUUCCUGGGCUGCUGGGGGCCCUACCAUGCCGUCCUCCUGGCUGAUGCCCUGUCCCAACUGGGCCUGGUGCCGCUGACCUGUGGUCUGGAGAAUGUGAUUUACGUGGCCUUACACCUCACACAGUGCCUGUCCUUGCUCCACUGCUGUUUCAACCCCAUCCUGUACAACUUCAUCAACAGAAACUACCGCUAUGACCUGAUGAAGGCGUUCAUCUUUAAAUACUCCACGAGGACGGGCUUGGCGCGUCUCAUCGAAGCUUCCAACAUGUCUGAGACUGAGUACUCUGCUGUAGCUGUAGAAAACCCACCACAGAUCUGAAUCUGAAGAAGCAUUUCUUGAACACUGAUACUUCUAAAUGUAACUGACAAAUAAUGCGAUGUAAACUAAAGUUACAACUGAUUCAUUCUUAUUAGAAUCAAUCUACUACAACAGUUAUGUUUGACAUUAGAUGACAGUGAAAAGAGACAAAGCCAAUCCAGCAUCUUUUUUACAGAAAUCUGUAGAAAAGCUUGAAGAAGGGUUAAUAUCAACUUUGAUGGACUGAUUAAAAGCACUUAGCAGUUUAAUUAUACCAGCUGAUACUGAAAUCAUAUGAAUAUUGUCACUCAUUUAUAAAACAGUGAUUGUAAAUGUGUAAAUUCAUUGCUUUAACUGUGUAUAUACGAUUGUAUUGUGUAUGUGUGUGUGUGUGUGUGUGUGUUUGUGUGAUGUGCGUAAUCUGUCGGGCAUUGAAUAUUGAUAGUAUCAGCAGAGUAAUAUUGUUAAUCUUUUUGCAUCGUCGUAUUUAUAUACUUUUAAACUGUUUUGCCGCUUUCAUGCUGUAAUAGAAAGUCUGCUACACUGAUGUCUGCUCAGUGCUUCACUUCAUACAAUGCUGCCUCAUCAUUUUAGCCGAACCACUGACCGGCUCGGUGUUGUAGUCCUGCUGUCACAUUAAAAAAUUGCAACCUCAUGUCACAUCAGCUGAAUCCUUUAGACGAAUAAUGUAAAUACAUUUUGAGGUGUUUCAUGCUAGGUUUCUAAACGAUCUAGUGAAUGUGUGAUCUAUGCAUCAUAGGACUAGUCAGAGUUUGUUGGAAAUACACUUUGCUUUACACUUUACAAGAAAAUUAGAUGAGAAAACAACACCACUUUAACUUCUGUACACUACAGCCAGCAGGCGCUGGCCGUGCACAGUGCUUUUGUAUUUAGCUCAUAGACACGAGGGUGGUUUCAACCUUCUUAUCGAACUCUCUGCAAAAAAAAGCAAGUGAGCUUAUUUCCCAAAAAUGUCAAACAAAUGAUUAACAUCGUCCGCACUGCAAAUUAUUAACUUCUUCAUUUUCUUUUAGUUGUAAAUAUUUCCAAACAUAGUCUGAAGGCUUCAGCUGGGACUACUGAGCUUAAAGAGCAGAUACAUGUAGCUUCCAUCUUUUCUGAAAUGUACAGUAUUAUGUAAUAUGCUGUCUUUGUUACUCUCUUUGUUUUACAUCAGCGCUAAUAGUACAAAGGAUGCACAAGUCCAUGUAGCCCUGCUGUGUCAGCACACAGGCUAAAAUUUUGUGACCAAAUAAUGAAUGAAUAGCUUUACUCCUCUCAUGUAAUCUGUAGUGUGCAACAACCAAGUGUUUAUUCGGGACCAAAUAACAAAAAACAUUACUGCAUUACUUGAGAGAGAGAGAGAGAGAGAGAGAGAGUAUGUGUGUGUGUGUGUGUGUGUGUGUGUGUGUGUGUGUGUGUGUGUGACACAUUUUAUGUGUCAUAAACAUUGAGUUAUACAGUUUACUCACCCUCUGUUGUAGGAAGCAACAUAUUCUUUUGAUAUGCUGACAUAUAGCACAUUGUGUCAUGCGAUUGGUUACAUAUGGAUGCUUUUACACUGAAAAUAUUUCAUGUUGCGAUUAGAGAAGACUGGAGACACGAACAUGUGUCUACAAGAACAGAGGCAUUCCUUUGGUAUAGUAAUGUGUAACACGUGUUUUGUUAUAUAUUAAAUACAGAGAAAAU